GAGCGAUGCUGAGAUGCCGAGAAAAGCCGCGAGGACACGCGGGGACAGUGCCCCGUCUGCGAGGGGGCGGCAGCCCCGGACACGCCGUGCCCAGGCUCGGCGGCCGCGGCCGCGCCCGUCCGUGCGACACGCGUGGGUGCUGCUCCGCAAGGAGGGACCGGCGGGGACCCCCGGCCCGAGGGGAGCGGGGGGGGCUCCCCUCGCGGGGCUCCUGUGGCUGCGCAAGGACCGCGGUCGGGACUUACCGUGUCCCCGUGUCCCCUAUGUGCUCUCCGUGUCCCCCCAUCCCUUGUGUGCCACCCCCUGACCCUGUGUUCCCCGUCGCCCCUCAUCCUCUGACCGUGUCCUCUCCAUCCCGUGUUCUCUCUCUCCUCAUGUCACCCGUGUCCCUCCUCCCUUCUCCAUGUCCCCUGUCUCCCGUAUGUUUCCCCUGUCUCUCCACAUCCCGUGUCGCUACGUGUCCCCCAUCCCUCGUGUGUCCCCUGUCCCCUGUGUACUCCCCUUGUCCGCUCUGUGUCCCCGUGUCUCCCAUCCCGGGUCCUCCCCUCGUCCCUCGUGUCCCCUGUCCCGUGUCCCCUCCGUCCCCCUCACAUCCCACGUUCCCUGUGUCCCACUCUCCGCUCUGUCCCCUGUCCCUCGUGUCCCCUCCCCUUCUCAGCUCCUCUUUUCUUUCCCUGAAGCCACCGCAGCUUCUGCUUUCGGGUGCGGGUGACGCCCUCGACACCCACGGGGGAGGCAGAGCCCGGGGCGCCUCCCGCACCCUCCCGGCCCUGAAAGCGGAACCGGGGCUCCCCCGAGGGGCCGUGCGGGGCCCGGUUCCUCUUUCGGGACCGAGGGCGGCCCACGGGGUCGCGCGGUGCCCGCCGGUGUCCUCGAGCCAUGGAGCCCCCGCGGCGGGUGCGCCUCAAGCCCUGGCUGGUGGCCCAGGUGAGCAGCCGGCGCUUCCCGGGGCUGCGCUGGCUCGACCCCGAGCACCGCCGCUUCGUCAUCCCCUGGGGACACGCCACCAGGAACCCCCCGGGACCCCAGGACCACGACACCAUCUUUAAGGCGUGGGCGCAGGAGACGGGCCGGUUCCGGGCCGGGGACCCGCCGGACCCCCCGCGCUGGAAGGCCACGCUGCGCUGCGCCCUCAACAAGAGCCGCGAGUUCCGGCUGCUGCUGGACGGGCCCCGCGGGUCCCCGGCCCAGCCCUUCCGCAUCUACGAGCUCUGCGAGGAGCCCCCCGGGGGCGCAGACGGGGGGGACGAGGAUGACUAUGGCUGCAGCGGAGAGGAAGAUGUCAGCCAGCUCCACAAGAUGACAUCCCUGAGCAUCGAUGACACGCAGCACGGGGGGGACCUGCUGCCCCCCUACCCCUGGCCCAAGGAGGAGGCCCUCCCCUUUGCCAGCCGCUGCCCCCCCGGGGGGCCCUUUGGGCCUCCCCCGCCGGCACUGCUCCAGGGGGAGGUGGGGGGCACCCACGGGGCCCCUGAGCUGCUCCCCGGCGCCCUCGCUGAGAUGGGGCCCCCCCUGGGCCCCCCGGGGCCCUCGCCCGCCUGCCCGGUGGCACCAACAGAGCACCUGAUCCCCGACCUGCUUGUCAGCCCUCACAUGCUGCCACUGACUGACCUGGAGCUGAAGUUCCAGUACCGGGGCCGCCAGGUGUGCGCCCUGACCGUCAGCAACCCCCACGGCUGCCGGCUGUUCCACAGCAGCCUGGAGCCCACGCGGGAGCAGGAGGAGCUCUUCGGGCCCCUGACGCUGGAGCAGGUGCCCUUCCCUGCUCCCGACGCCAUUCCCAACGAGAAGCAGCGCUUCUACACCCACCAGCUGCUGGACGUGCUGGACCGAGGGCUCAUCCUGGAGCUCCAGGGCCAGGACCUCUUCGCCCUCCGGCUCUGCCAGUGCAAGGUCUUCUGGACUGGGCCCUGUGCUGCCCCCCAGCCCGGCCCCAACCCCAUCCAGAGGGAGACAAGGACCAAGCUCUUCAGCCUCGAGGGCUUCCUCAACGGCCUCAUCCAGUUCCAGAAGGGGCAGACCCCCACCCCGCCCCCCUUUGAGAUCUUCCUCUGCUUUGGCGAGGAGUGGCCGGACCAGAAGCCCAAGGAGAAGAAGCUGAUCACGGUGCAGGUGGUGCCGGUGGCGGCGCGGCUGCUGCUGGAGAUGUUCUCCGGGGAGCUGUCCUGGUCGGCCGACAGUAUCCCGCUGCAGAUCUCGCACCCCGACCUCAAGGACAGGAUGGUGGAGCAGUUCAAGGAGCUGCACCAGCUCUGGCAGAGCCACCAGCGGCUGCCGCCAGCGCAGCCCCCGCCCGGCCCCUCCACGGGGCCCUGGGCGCUGCCACCCGGCCCCCUGCCCCACUGACAGGGACACGGGGACAGCGGGACACUGCCACGCGGGUUUUUUGUUGUUUUUUAUUGUUCUCGAGAUGGCUACACACCCCCGGAGGGAACCGCAUGCGCCCGCCCGCCCUGCCCGCACUCGAGCCACCGCCUCCUACCCCAAAAUCAAACCAAAGAAAACCCCGAAAAAGGGAAAAAAAAAAAGAAAAAACCAAACAAGAAAACAAACAAAAAAAGCAGAACAAAAUAAAAUAUAAAUCUCUAUUUGCA